AUGGCGGUCACUGACCAAGAUCACGACCAAGACAACUUCUCCAGCAUAUCAUGGACGGAACAUGACCCCGCCGUAAAUGCAGUCGCAGGACAGCACGGGCACCAUGCCGGCGAAGCCUCAGCAGCCAGACGUAGCGGCCGCGAGCUCGAUCCUCACGGGCUAGGCAGCGAGAAGCUCGAGUGUACAGUUGGUAGUCCGCUCAAGGAGAAUGACGGCAGCAAGGAUGCAUUCAUUUCAUAUCUGAUUACCACUCACGUACGUAUACGCGACUGUGCGAAACAGCCUCGGCCCUCCUCCUUCGGCGCCGAGGAGGCAAUACUGGCCCUUGACUGCAACGUCCCCUCCCCAUCGUCAGUGAGACACAAACAGCUAACAUGGACGUGUUCCACACACCAGUCCACCUUCCAGUCGUUCCAGAAAGAGACAACGACUGUCCGCCGACGCUUCACAGACUUUGUCUUCCUAUACAAGCAGCUCAUGCGAGACUAUCCCGCCACCGCCGUGCCCCCGCUGCCGGACAAGCAGCGCAUGGAAUACGUGCGCGGCGACCGCUUCGGCCCAGACUUCACCUUGCGACGAGCACACUCGUUCCAGCGCUUCCUCACCCGCCUGUCACUGCACCCGAUCCUCCGCCGGGCACCCAUCCUGCACAGCUUCCUCGAGAGCCCCGACUGGAACGCGACCAUGCGCAGCCGCAGCGCCCGCGCCAGCCUGUCCACCGACCCCAGCAACUCGAGCGGCGUCUUCGACAACUUCGCAGACACCUUCAUCAACGCCUUCACCAAGCUGCACAAGCCGGACAGGCGCUUCAUCGAAGUCAAAGACAAGAGCGACAAGCUCGACGAGGACCUGGGCAACAUUGAAAAGAUCGUCGCCCGCGUCGUCCGCCGCGAGGCCGACCUCGAAACGGACCUCAAGGACCUCGCCGAGCAGUUCCAGAAGCUCAUCGCCCUCGAGCCCGGCGUCGAGCCCGAGGUCCACGCCUUUGCCGCCUCCAUCCAAGACACCGCCGCGCACCUGCACACCCUGCGCGACGUCACCGACCAGGACUACCUCGGCUCCCUGCGCGACAUGCAGGCCUACUCCCUCUCGCUCAAGAACCUCCUCCGCGCGCGGGAGCAGAAGCAGCUCGACUACGAACAGCUCACCGAGUACCUCAACAAGUCCACCGCGGAGCGCGACUCCCUCCAGUCGGGCUACGCGUCCUCGGGCGCCGGCUCCUUCAUCCGCGCCAAGAUCGAAGACGUCCGCGGCGUCGACCACGAGCAGGCCCGUCGCGAGCGCCAGCGCAAGCUGGAGCUGCGCGUCGAGGAGCUCACCAACGAGGUGGAGCGGGCCCGUGCCACGAGCGACAUGUUUGACGACGAGGUCGUCCGGGAAGUCGCCGAUUUCGAGCGCAUCAAGAGGGCCGAGUUCAAGGCACAGCUGGGUGGGCUGGCGGAUGCACAUGUCGGGUUUUACGGGGAGGUGAUUGACAUUUGGGAGAGGUACAUUAAAGAAAUGGAUCAGGAGGGCGUGGCGGCCGCGUAG